AUGGCAACGAGACGGAUACUGAAAGAACUAAAGGAGUUGCAGAGAGACCCUCCUGUAUCAUGCAGUGCAGGUCCAACAGGAGAAGAUACGUUCCACUGGCAAGCUACAAUAAUGGGUCCAAAUGAAAGUCCAUACUCAGGCGGUGUUUUCCUUGUCAAUAUCCAUUUCCCUCCUGAUUAUCCUUUUAAACCUCCCAAGGUUGUAUUCAGAACCAAAGUGUUCCAUCCAAACAUCAACAGCAAUGGAAACAUCUGUUUGGACAUUCUCAAAGACCAAUGGAGCCCUGCCCUUACCAUCUCUAAGGUGCUUCUCUCUGUGUGCUCUCUUCUUACAGACCCAAACCCUGAUGAUCCUCUGGUUCCAGAGAUAGCUCACAUAUACAAAACUGACAAGGUCAAAUAUGAAGCCAUGGCUCGAAGCUGGACUCAGAAAUAUGCCUUGUUCUGA